CUUGACGCGUCAAACACCACCGCCAUAGCUAUUUUCUCCGUAGUAUUAUUUUCUAUGCUGUCUGUUAUUACUUCUCUAGGGGUCUGAUAUGAAUUACCGUGAGAUACUACCAUCUUGCGUAGCAAGGUGACCCUUUUCAUAGGGAGCAACAUCCCUUCGGAUCGCUCGGAAAUGGAGAUCGAUGGUUCUACUGAGGACCCGAGGAUAGGGCCGAACAUAGUAUUUGCGCAACAAGUGGCCCCAAGUAAAAACGGGCAAAAGCAGUCAAAAUGGAGGCCGACGGCUUUCUUGGAUGUUUUCAACAUGCGCCCUCCAAUGGACGAAGAACCCCAGGACUGGUGGGUUGCUUCAACAGCGAUUCCCCUCGUGGCUGCAGCUACGGCGCCCUUGGCAAAUGUUAUGUCAAUUGUGGCUUUGGUCACUUCAUGGCGCAACCAAAUAUUCCUUCAACAAACUGACGACCAGGGAAGAACACUGCAAGUCGGCAUCGACGAUCCUCACUGGUGUGUCGCGCUUAAUGCUACAUCAUUGGUCCUGGGUGUGUUAGGAAAUUUGUUCCUACUUUUCAAUUUUACUAGAAGAAUGCGAUAUAUUAUCGCACUGCCAGCUUCGAUCAUAUUGUGGUUUUUGGCAACUGGUAUUUUGGCCGGAAUCACAGCGUCGAUGAACAUUUAUGUGCCUCCGGUAUCGCCAGGCGAGGUCUACUCUCAAGGUUAUUGGAGCGGCGUAAUAGCCGCAGCGCUUUACUUUAUCCUAGCUGUUAUUCUCAUGAUCAACAUGAUUGGAUACAUGCUUGGCCACUAUCCCCAGCAUUUCAUUCUGACCGAUGACCAACGUACGCUCAUUCUGCAGACUACCUCAUUCACGAUUUGGCUGGCAAUCGGUGGUGCCAUUUUCCAAAAUCUUAUCGAUAUCGACUAUCCAGACGCAUUGUAUUUCUCAGACGUUACAGUACUUACAUUAGGAUAUGGUGAUAUCACAGCAAAAACGAGUGUUGCGAAGGGUUUGGUUUUUCCCUAUGCAGUCAUUGGAAUCGUCAUUCUUGCUUUGGUUGUUUCUAGUAUCAGUCGCUUUGCCAGGGAGGUGAAUAACGACAAUGUCAUCAAGAACCACCUACAACGCCAACGGGCUAGAACCGUUGAGCGAUCCAUAACCAUAGACGAAGCAUCAGAAAUCAGACCACCUCCCAAUCACAUCGCCACGUCCCGCCGAACGCCGAAAGCAGGCAGACCAGUUCGCUCUGUUGUGAAUAUCUUAAGACCCAACAAGUCCAGAGCAUUGAUUAUGAGAGAGGAGAAAGAUCGAUUCGAUGCCAUGAGGGCAAUACAAAGAGACACGCUUCGAUUUCGCCGGUGGACGUCACUGGUAUCUAGUGUCAUCGCUUUUGCCAUAGUAUGGUGUGCUGGAGCUGCGGUUUUCUCAAGCUUAGAAAAUUGGGGAUAUUUCGAUGCCUUGUACUUUGCAUUUUGUUCGCUGUUGACCAUUGGAUAUGGUGAUAUGACACCGCAAUCAAACCCCGGCCGUCCAUUUUUCAUCGUCUGGUCUCUGAUCGCCAUCCCAACAAUGACGAUUCUAAUCUCCAAAAUGAGUGGCACCGUACUGGAUGGCGUCAACGAUGCUACAAAUUGGAUUGCUGAGUUUACCGUCCUACCAAGGAGUGGCCGAUACCGAGAAUUUGUCAAUAAAGUCCCUAUUUUGCACGAAAUAUUAGAACGCCGGACCGAACAGAAACGUAUCCGCCGUGGAUUUCGCGUGGGUGUCGACGACAUCGAAAAUGAUGAUAAGGAUGACGAUAAUGUCCUAGCUAGUCGCACCAACGAUGCACACCCGCCUCCGAAGAUCAUCGAGCAACUACCCCGUAAACGACGUUCAGACAAGCAGCUCGCACGAGAUCUAACAUUCGCAAUACGCAGAGUUGCCGAGGAUGUGGCGGCAACAGGUAUCAAACGGUAUUCAUACAAGGAAUGGGUAGAGUUUACUCAAUUAAUUCGAUUCACCGACCCGAAUCGGGGUAAUGACUCGCCGGGAUUCGAACUGGAUGAGAACGAAUAUGGAGUUAUAGAAUGGGAUUGGAUAGGGGAGAAUAGCCCGAUGUUGGCGGAGCAGACGGAGUCCGAGUGGAUUUUGAAUCGUUUGACUGAGAGUUUGAUUCGAUAUAUGACUAGAAAGGAUGUUGAUGUGGCUCUUAACGAAAGAAGUGUUGCUAUUCAUCAGAGUGACUUAAUACUUAGACAUGUAUAAUGAUGUUUUUAGAACAAAUUUAAUGAAGACCAAAAUGGCAAUAUGA